UAAUAUACUGAACGAUGCAUUUUGAAUGCUACUUUUCUUGAAGUUUCUAUCCAUUGUAAAAAAUUUGAUAACACGAAAAUUUCAAAAUAUAACCUAUACACUUUAUCACAAUUAAAUUCCAAUGAAGUGGAAAAAUUAAAACUGUUCUUGUGUAAGAUAUUUUAUUUCCAUACUAGUUUGACGAAGAUUGUAUUUAAAAGAUAAAUUUUACACUAAUUACUGUUAAAUUCACGCUCACACACAAUUUCUACACACGAACAUUUGAACACACAACACAAAUCACAAAAAUCUCAAAUCACACCAACCAAGAACCAAAAGCGUAUUUUGCUUUCUCAGCUGAUUGAACAUCUGAUUAGUCUUUCUGUCGUCUGCAACUUUACAUUACUAACCUAAAAAUGGUCUGUCGCUACAGUAUUGCAACGAUUUUGAUUUACUAAACACGUGCUUGAAAUAUUAUCACCCAAAUAAUAUAACCAUUUAUACAAUUAAAUUUCAUUAUUUGAUAGCAUAAUGUUCAGGAUAAUUCAUUCAAGUUAUGUUGCUAUCAAGCUAUAAAAUGUCAUUUCUAAAAAAAAGGUUUUGUAAACCGAUUCAGAACUACUCUGCAACAGAAUAAAAGUUUGUUUUUCUUUUGUCUAGUGUAUAGUUUGUUUAAUGUUCAUUAAAAAUAUUCAUUGUCAAGAUUAUGAAAGUUCAGAUUUUAGAAAUUCUAGGUAAACAUCAUUUUAGUUAUGAUGGACGCAGAUGACAAAAUUGACAUUUCGAAACACACCGACUCAAAGAUCUUGUCUACUUCGCUACUGGCAGGAGCUGCGGCCGGUCUUGUAGUAGAUGUCACACUUUUUCCAUUAGAUACAGUAAAAACCAGAUUGCAAAGCCAGUUUGGAUUUUGGAAAUCUGGAGGUUUCAAGGGAAUCUACAAAGGCCUUGGGCCUGUUGUGGUUGGAUCAGCUCCUAGCGCUGGAGCUUUUUUCGUGUCUUACAACUUGAUAAAAGACACAUUGUACCCUGUUAUACCACAAGUAUUGGCUCCUGCCUCCCAUGUUGUCUGUGCAUCCAUCAGUGAAGUGGUAGCAUGUACGAUCAAAGUACCGAUGGAGAUCGUGAAACAAAGGCGUCAAGCAAUUGAAGAUGCUGGUCAUCCCAUCAAAAUACUGAGAAAAGCGAUCAAACGAGAAGGCCUGCGAGGUCUCUAUAGAGGAUUCGGCAGCACGGUGGUUAGAGAUGUACCCUUCUCUGCCAUACAAUUCCCGGUUUGGGAGGCGCUCAAAACACAGCUGAGGAUAUCGAAAGGCUCUGAGAUUUCGUCUGCUGAAGUGGCUCUGUGUGGAGCUUUGGCUGGAGGGAUAGCUGGUGCUGCUACCACGCCAUUGGAUGUCGCCAAGACUAGAAUAAUGCUAGCAGACAGUUAUUCGAAAAAAGAGUCAUUGACCAUUACUGGAGUGAUCAAGGAAUUAUACAAAACUUCAGGAUUUAGAGGAUUAUUCGCUGGAUUCACGCCUCGAACAGUUUUGAUAUUUUUAGGCGGAGGCAUUUUUUUCGGUGUUUAUGAAAAAACAGCGCGGUUAAUUGACAGUAUCAAGUUGGAGUGACAUUCCAUGAACAAUGCGUAGUAUUUCAAAGUCACAAAUGUUGGUAGUUUCUAGUCAUUACCAAGUUAAUGGUUUGUUUUGCACAGUUGAGAGACUAUUUUGUAGCUAAGCAAUUUGAUUGCUUGUUUUGUAACAAAGUUUUGUUAUUAAAGAUUAAAAUGUUGUAUUUUGUA